GGCGGACCCUGCACUUUAGCUAGCCGCAACGAAAGUUAUUUCCUUGUACGGUUGAACCGAAAGUUAUUACCAUUUAAACUAGCGUAUCGUUUAGAUUAAGCAACUACGCGGACUUCUCCGUCUGACCGGCGCUGUAGCGGAGUGGCCCCCCGGGAUGCUGAGUGCCCCUCUCGGCCCCUGGGAUGGACAGCAGCCCCGCGCUGUACAUGUGCUUCCGCUGCUACCAGCUGUUCGACUCGCUGGACGACGUGCUCUUCCACCAGUACAACCUGCACCCCAACGACGUGGGGGGCGAGGACCGCCCGGCCUCGGUCCCCGGCCCGCAGACUGAGUCAGAGGAGGUCUUCCAGUGCGUCCCGUGCUGGAUGCUGUUCCAGACCCAGGAGGAGCUGACCCAGCAUCGAGGGAGCAGCGGCUGCAGCCAGCACCAACCCGCACCCCAAUCCACCUCAGCCCCGGACCGGCAGGACCCGCCCCGCGCUGGGCCGAGCCCUGUGACCGAACGGGACCGCGCGAACGCCCCGCCCGCUCCGUCGCUGCUGAGCCAGGAGCAGAACCGCGGUCAGAUCCAGUUCCAGUGCGCCGACUGCGGCUGUCUGUUCGAGGCUCUGGCCCCGUGGCUGCAGCACCGCAAGCUCAACGAGUGCAGCAGGACCGCGCCCGAACCCAACUCGACCGCGCCCGAACCCAACUCGACCGCGCCCGAACCCAACUCGACCGCGCCCGAACCCAACUCGACCACGCCCGAACCAAACUCGACCGCGCCUGAACCCAACUCAGAAAUCCCGGAGGAGGGCGAGGAGCUGGGGAUGAGGGAGGCCCCGCCCCCGGACGGCCAGGCCACAGAGCCGACGGACCCGCAGAGCGCCCAGGAGGGGGAGGGGGACGGGGGCGACAGGCCGCAGAGGGCUGCCGGGAGGAGGAAGAAGAGCGCGGCGGCCGCCGUGACUUCCUGCCGCAGCUUCCUGUGUGGAGAGUGCGGCGCGGGGUUCAACUGGCAGCCGGCGCUGGUGGCCCACCGCAGGACCGAGCACGGCCUGGAGGGGGCGCUGCACCGCUGCCUGGAGUGCGGAGAGAGCUUCAUGAACAGCGCCCUGUUCGUCCAGCACUGCAAGAAGCACCGGGAUUGGCUGGCCAGGCGGCCGCGGGUCAAGAGGAGGAGGAGUCAGCAGAGAGCGGAGAACGGGGACCAGGAGAAGGAGAUCAUCAGGAAAAGGCCCACGAAGAGGAAACCGAAGGCCGGGGCUCCCCCGUCCUCCCUGGACCCCGGGUCCGAGCCGUCCCCGGACCGGCUCGCCCCGGCGCGGAGGCCCAGGAGGGGGCGCUGCGCCCCGCAGGAGUGCCCGCAGUGCCGGCGGACCUUCAGCAACCCGCGCUACCUCCGCGCGCACGUGCUGAGCCACGCGGGCCAGAAGCAGUUCCGCUGCGAGGAGUGCGGCAAGGCCUUCACCUACCAGAACAACCUGCGGCGGCACCGGCUGCUGCACACCGGGGACCGGCCCUACAUGUGCGACCGCUGCGGCAGGACCUUCACCCAGUCCAGCCACCUGAAGGACCACCUGCGCCAGCACGACCGCGCCCGCGGCUGGGACCGCCCGCGGGGCCGCGGGGCCCGCGAGCAGGAGUGGGCCGACGUGGGCCCCAAACUGCCCCACCCCUGCCCCGACUGCCCCCGCAGCUUCAUGACCCAGACGCAGCUGCUGAUGCACAGGAAGAUGUGCCCCAUCUGCGAACGCUCCUUCAAGUGGCGCGGCUCGCUGCCCGCCCACAUCGUCCGGCACACGGACAACAAGCUGUUCGGCUGCGACGUGUGCGGGAAGACCUUCUCCUACCAGACCAACCUGGCGCGCCACCUCAUCAUCCACGCCGGCACCCGGCCCUACUCCUGCCGCCAGUGCGGGAAGACCUUCAACCAGUCCAGCAACCUGCGGCAGCACCUGCUGGUGCACGCCAAGGCCGGCACGCUGCGCCUGGCCCCCCAGAGGGAGCAGGGGCCCGGGGCCCAACCGCUCCACCCCUGCCCCGACUGCCCCGCCAGCUUCCACAGCUUCAGUCAGCUCCAGGAACACAGACUGACUCACCCUGCUCAGGACUCUUUCCCCUGCUCUGGCUGCGGGCUGGAGGCCUGUCAGUGCCAGCAGCACGAUGACCAGCUCCCUGCCGCUCACCAAGACGCAGAGUGCCUCUCGUGCCCGCGGUGCUCGGCCCCGUUCCACAGCCAGGAGGCGCUGGAGGAGCACGGCGGGAGCUGCGCGGGGGGCCGCGGCCGGAGGGGCCGGCGCAGCAGGAGCGCGCGGCAGUCCGAGUGCCUCCUCUGCGGCCUCUGCUGCGGCUCGGCCCCGGAGCUGGAGCUCCACCAGCUCUCCCACGCGGGCCAGCCCCAGCUGCAGUGCCCCCUGGCCCCCUGCCCGCGCUGCUUCACCACCAGCCACGCCCUGCAGAACCACCUCUUCUCCCACUUCCCCGGGCCCACCUGCCAGAACCUGCGGCCGGAGGGCCUCCUGGACCCCACCGCCCCGCAGCCCGAGGAGGAGACCGAGGUGGAGACCACCGUGGCAGUGCUCCCGCUGUGGGAGGUGUUUCCGGCAGAUCCCGCCCACGCAGGCCCCUGAUUGGAUCCUGCCGCUGGGGUGCGGUGACCCAGCUGGACGAAGGCCUCAGGGUGCCCCCGCCGCCCCCCCAAAGUGCCCUCCGCUUCGGCCGAGUCUGAACCACACAUCGCACCACCACGUCUCCACCGAUGGUGUCCUGGCAAGACUGUCUGUGUUCAAUGAGUCCAGCAGAACGCCCAGUUAGUCAUAGAGGGGCCCAGUGGGGAAUACAGGGAAGGAACGGGGAAGCAGGGAGGGCACCAUGGGAGAGGAGAGAAGCAGAAACUGUGUUAAGGAGGUUUAAGGAGAGAAAAUGUUCCAGUUUGAUAAUUUAGAGGACAGUUCAAGAAAAGUGUGGCGUUUUUCCACUUUGUGUAUAGACUGUACAGUUUGUUUUAUGAGAUUUGGACACUUUGGACUUGAGUGACUGUAAAAUAUGUUACAUUUCAUUAAUAAAAUAAAAAUCUUCAAUAUUU